AUAUCCUUUAUUUUCCUUCCGCAGUCUCUCCAGGUUGGCCCCUUAGAACUUUUUUGGCACUCAGGCCAGUUCCAAUCAUCACCCAACAUGUCGGGAAUCGACAAAACAGACCAGCAUCCCACCUUCCACACCCCAUCAUUUGACCCGCCAGCUCCCGGCGCCGGUGAAACAUCAACCUCGCCAGACGAAUGGGAAAAAGCAUCAACAGUUCACGGAAAUGACGAUCCAGGACGACAACGAGGGAGAGGACCGCACUACGACGACGAGAACACCACCACCACCACCACCACCAAACCUGAAACCCACUCUUCAUCCCCCGAACCCGAAACAUUCGACAAGAUCGAAAUCACCGAAGCCGACUGCGAAAGCGAGCUCGGAUUUGCAUUUCCCGAAUGGAAGAAAUGGACCAUUCUAACCGUUAUUUUCUUGGUUCAACUCUCCAUGAAUUUCAACACUAGUUUGUAUUCCAACGGUCUAGGAGGUAUAUCCGAUGAGUUUGGAGUGAGUGCUCAAGCGGCUCGUUGCGGUGCCAUGAUUUUUCUGGUUCUUUACGCUUUUGGAUGUGAACUCUGGGCCCCUUGGAGCGAGGAACUCGGUCGAUGGCCCAUCCUCCAGGCGUCUUUGACUUUGGUCAAUAUCUGGCAAUUACCGGUUGCUUUGGCACCGAAUUUUGCUUCUAUCAUGGUCGGUAGGGCUCUGGGAGGUCUUAGUUCUGCUGGUGGUUCUGUAACUUUGGGCAUGAUUGCCGACAUGUGGGAUGCCGAUGCUCAGCAAUACGCCGUGGCAUACGUGGUAUUCUCAUCCGUGUUCGGCAGUGUGUUGGGCCCCAUCGUCGGCGGAUUCGUCGAACAAUACGUCCCGAAUUGGCGCUGGACAAUCUGGAUCCAACUCAUCUUCGGCGGCGCCGUGCAAGCAGCACAUUUCUUCCUGGUUCCCGAAACACGCUCAACCAUCAUCAUGGACCGAGUCGCCAAAAAGCGCCGUACUGCCACCGGAGAAAACAUUUGGGGACCCAAUGAACUCGAACCAUUCCGCGAUCGCUUUUCUGCACGAGAAAUCCUCAUUACUUGGAUCCGACCGUUUAAAAUGUUUUUGACGGAACCAAUCGUCCUCACCUUGUCUUUACUCAGUGGAUUCAGCGACGCUUUGAUUUUCAUGUUCAUCCAAUCUUUCGCUUUGGUCUACGCUCAGUGGGAUUUCCAGGUCUAUCAAGUCGGACUGGCGUUUCUACCCUUGGGCAUUGGCUACGUAUUGGCAUGGCUGGCUUUCAUUCCUGCCAUUAAACGCAAUAUCCGAGAACGUCGGACUCGCCCAGGCGAUGAAAAAGCUCAGUAUGAGUCUCGUCUCUGGUUUUUGCUCUACACGGCCCCGUGUCUGCCGAUUGGAUUGUUUGGCUUUGCGUGGACCAUUCAAGGUCCACCAAUUCAUUGGAUUGGAUCUAUGAUCUUUGCUGCUUUGGUCGGUAUAGCCAAUUAUUCCAUCUAUAUGGCUACUAUCGACUACAUGAUUUGCGCAUAUGGUCCUUAUUCGGCUUCCGCGACCGGUGGAAAUGGUUGGUCAAGAGACUUUCUUGCUGGUGUUUUGACGAUUCCAGCAACCCCUUUCUUCGAAAACAUCGGCGGCCGCUACCACCUCAACUACGCCGCCACAAUCCUCGCCUGCAUUUCAUUCGUCUUGGUCAUUGCCGUCUACGUCAUCUACUGGUACGGACCGGUAUUGCGGAAGAGAUCACCAUUUGCGCAAUCCUUACAGAACGCCGUGAUGGAUAAAGGCGGCGACGACCGUCGUUUGUCGUAUUUGCCAUCUGCGUCUGGAAUGUCACAUACACGUCGUUUAUCGCGUGCGAGUACAACGGCGUCGAGGACCGCGAAUUCAAGAAGACAAAGUCAGGCGCAGUUUCGGAGGCAGAGUACUGCUGCUUAGAAGAGGAGAGCCCAGGGCAGAGGACAGAGGGUAGAGCAUAUAGUAUGGACUAUCUAUGAUGUGAAGAUUGGGUACGGUCACUGCGUCGAGGACCGGUAAGGUUACUUGAUCAUCUAAGCACCAUGGGUUGGAUUUUGUUCGUGGAUUGAGGUAGGGAGGGGGCUUCGAUCUUGAUGUUUCUUUA